AAGAGAGAGAAAAAGAAAACUCAAAGCUCAAAGCUAUUGCUGAUGAUGAAUGAAUUCUGCUACACAUGCUAAUUCCUGUGACUUCUGCUCAACUGUUUUCUCUCUUUUUUCGUUUCUGUCAGCUGACAAAAAAGGGUUUUCCGCUCUGAUUCAGGAGAGUCCAACUGCUUGAGGAGCAAGUUGAGGUUAGUUAAUGGUUGGUUACAGUUAAUGCUCAAGACUCAAGUUGUUGAUUGUGGAAUUUCCUGAAAGUUUUUGCCCUUUCAUUUUAGUUUAUAGCAAGUCAAGUUUAGCAGCUCUUUCUUGAGUGAAGUUGAACCAGUCAAGCUAAUCGAGUUGUUUCCGUUGUUUUCAAGCAAAUCCCAUUUGCAAUUAGUAGUAUUUGAUCAAAGAUGGAAAGAGGAGGUAGUGUUUUGGUGAAAUUCACUUGAUUCUGAUAUGGAAUUUGAGCAGUAGACUGCUGUGGUACUUAAUGACUUGGAGUCUAAAGUAAUAUCCUGAUAAAAUCGUGAGUUUAUCUUGAUUCUGCAAAGGUAUAAUACUUUAAUCCUUCACCAGUGACCUUAAGUUCGAUCUAGCUCUGUUUGCAUGGCAUUUCUUUCUUUCCUAUCUCUCGGUGGCAAUUUAUAUCCUAUAGUCUUUUGAGUUAUGUUUCGCCUGUUAAACGUUUGAUGGAAGGAUGAAAUUAGUGUCUGGUAAGAUAUGAAAUGAAAAUUUGACUUUCUUAUGCUGUUUUGUCGCUUUUGAUUGCUGGUUGGGGUUGGAUCUAGGAGGAAUUCCUGCAGAAUUCUGUUUAUCUUGGACUUGAAUGCAUGUGAACGGUUAGCUGUUCGUAUUAUGUUCCCCUGGUGACAUGGAGAUGGAAAAAACUUGUGAAUUCUGUUUGAUCCUAAGACCAAUUGUGUACUGUAAGGCAGAUGCAGCACAUCUUUGCCUAUCCUGUGAUGCCAAGGUUCAUUCAGCUAAUGCUCUUUCCAACCGGCAUACACGCGCCAUUGUUUGUGAGUCGUGCAGAUACCGCCCAUCUUAUGUUCAGUGUUCAGAUCAUCAGAUGUUUAUGUGCCGCGCUUGUGACCGCAACCAACAUGAUCUCUCUUCCCAACACCAGAGAAAAGUGAUGAGUUGUUAUACAGGAUGCCCUUCUGCUAAAGAUUUUGCGGCACUCUGGGGUCUUGACUUGAAUGAAUUGGAUAAUGAUAGUAAAUCUGAAUAUCAAUCUCUUCCCACGUCAAGUGCAGCGGUAAGUACAGGGGUGCUCACUUUCAACAAUUCAAGACAGUCUUGCUCAGUGGCAGGCAUUUCAUCAGUAUUUGAUGUGGCUUCCACCACCAGUAAGUUACCCAAAGUCCGAUCAAGAGGCAAAGACGCUAAGGCUGCUGUCCACAGGAAGAAUAUUUUCCAUGUACUGGAACAGAUUAAUGACUUAAAAAGGCUUCAACUGACUCAGGGAGAUGGAAAAUUUUCUUUUAUGAGAAGCCAAGGGGAAAUUGAUAUGUCUUCAUUUAAGUUCGACGCAAAAAGGAAGAUGCAUGAAAAUCUUGAUCAACAUUUGCAGCAUGCUCUUGAUCUUGGUUCUGAUCUUCACGGCAGUCAUCACGAGAAUCCAACUACUGAACCUUUUCAACUUGCUUUCUCACAGAUGGACGGGGACUCCUUCUGGCAGUGUAAAAGUCCAGUACAGAGUGGCCAGCUUUGGACUCAAAAUAUGCAAGACCUAGGAGUUUGUGAUGAGCUAGGAUGUUCUGAUGAUUUUACCAUGCCUGAUGUGGAUUCAACAUUCAAAAACAUCGAAGAGCUCUUUGGAGGCGAGCAAGAGCUAGCUAGAGCUCUGCUUGAUGACAAUUAUACGACAUGCUCCUCUGUAGAGAAGGAUAUGUCUAUUAAUAAAUCAGACAAUGGUUAUGAACGAUCAGUUGAGGAUGUCUCAGCAUCUUCUUCAGUUUGCAUCUCUUAUUCAGCUAAUGUUGACAAUGAUGUUGGCUCUUCUGACUUCACUACAACCAAGGAACAUCCUUCAAUUCAACCGUCUUAUUCAGCAUUGUCCCUUUCUCUUUCAAGGCUCAGUGCUGAAUGUGUGGACAGUGAACCGUGUUCCAGUUUUAAGAGACAACAACUUUCCAGCAACUUGUCUGAUUUGGAGAAUGCACAAUUAGAAUGUAAAGAAAAUAACAUGACAAGAUAUAAAGAAAAGAAGAAGGCACGAAGUGUGGACAAGCAAUCUCGGUAUUCACCUCGAAAAGCUAAAUCUGAUGUUAAAAAACUGGUGAGGGAUCAAUUUGUGAAGAUACGUGGAUGUGAAUCUGAUUCUGUGAAUUUUAGUCGGAGCUUCUGAAGAACUAAAUUUUUGCGUGUCCAUUUUCAAGAUGCCCUGACGUUUUACUCUUUGCAUUUCUCAGAGCAACACAAGAAUGUUUGACACAUUGUUUGAAUUUGCUUGCCUGCAUCCCCGAUAUUUCCGCAAUCUUAAACUUGUAAAGCCUGUAAUUAUGUCCUCACAGAACAUGACAUAUAUCUAAUAUUUCAGCUUUCCUGUA